AUCAGUAGUAGCAGCAGAAGGAUAACAUGAGGACGGGUGUCCUGUGGGGCCUGCUGGCCCUGCUGGGUCAGCUCACGCUGGUGAGCAGCCACAUACUGGGGAGGCCGUCUUCCACCAGCGAUCUCGUUCAGCUCAAGACUUUACUGGAACGCUUUGAGGAGACUCUGGCUGAAGCAGCCCAGGAUGAGGACUCUGAAGCUGAUUAUGAAGGGACAAACCAAGAGCCUAAGCGCAGCCAGGACAGCCCAGGAUGGAGCCUGGACCAGGAGGGGGACCAAGAGCCUUUGCUAUCAGAAAGAUCUCAAUCGCCAGCUGAGGGCCACAGCAGGGCCGUGAGUCAGAGGAGCCGGCUGCAGGACCUGCUGCUGACGGCCAGGAAACGGGCCUCAGGCUGCUUUGGAGCCAGGAUGGACCGAAUUGGAAACGCCAGCGGUCUGGGAUGCAACAAUGGAAGAGGGUAGUCUGACAGGUUCCUGGGACACAUGUUGGAUUAUAGUUUUGCCUCCAACUGAAGACACAAAGAGUGGAUGUGUAGGAUUUUGCAUUAGUAGAACGGUGUGGAUCUCUUGUAUGUAUUUCUCUGUUUGAAGUGAUAAACAGGCUGUUUGUUAUUCACUGUGUAACCUUACCACCCAAAAGGAAAUGAGUUAACUACAUAACUGCAUGUGGAUUUCUAACAAAGGUUAAAUAAACUUUUUUUUCAUAUGAA